AUGUGUCACAGUCUGCCGAAAUAUCAUCCGCCAGUAUCCUCUUUUUCCAGUUUUGCUGAUCUCCGUGACAAUGGUCAGGUACUAGGAAAUGGUUAUACCUCACUGUUAAUUCAAAUUAAAAACCGAACUGAAAAUCUGAACCGCACCACCAGCUUUCGCCAACACCGUUCAUCUGGUGAUGGACUAAAGAGAGGUCCUACUGAUACAUACGGCUGCACCAGAUUCCAGCCUGAUCUCCCACCAGAGGAGACCGAUGAAAGUGUAGAGCAGAAGCGUCAGCGGCUGGAGGAGAUAUACAUUCGAGAUGGAAUAAAUGGGGUUGAAAAAGCAGAAGUUAAGCAACUUAUGGAAACAACCUUUUGCCUCCAGCGGCAGCAAAUAAACAUAUUACCAUCACCCACCAUCGCUGAUUUAAGAAAGCAGUGGCCAUACCUUUUCACUCAGAAAGGGCUUUAUGCUCAUUUUGAACUUCUGACUGAUAUCAAAGUUAUGCGUGCACUUGAGCUUGCCAUGGAAGAGUGUGUAAGAGCCAUUGUGGAGUUCUUCAGCAGCAAACCCACCAAUGCAGAUGUCAGGACUGUCAUUUCUCUGCGGCCAGACCUCGAGCUUUCCUUCUGCAUCAUCCAACUUCUCAUGGCUCACUUCUCUGAGACUCAGGAAGGGCUGAUACUUUUUGCAAAUGCAUCUUCCACUGCAGCUGAUGUAGAAAGGACACUUGAACUACCUUCAACUCCUCGACUGAUACUCUUUGGUGAAAAACCAGGAAGCUGCAUUCAUAAAUUGAUGAUUAGUUUUGAGGGGCAAAUAAUCUGUGAGGGCAUCCAGCCAAGUUUUCUGUCUGGACUUGCUGCUGUGUUUUCAACUUUCUACAAUUUCAAUCUGGAGUACCAAGCUGAGGCUGCAUCCAAGUUGGAAUUCAUUCAGAGGUUAGAUGCUUAGAAUCAUAUGAUAAUUUCUAUUCACAUUCUCGUUAUGUAAAAUUUUACCCACACUAAUUCUGAAUGUAUGCAUUUGUUUUUCAGGCGCUUCAUUGGAAUAAAUCCUGAAAAAGGCACCAAGGGUGGACCAGUCCUAUCAAAGCGGACAGGGAAGGUCGGCCACAAAAAGAAAUCAGUCAACACUCGGGUUGCCAGUCUACUUAAGAAGCUAAUGGACUUUGAGUGGGACUUCAUAUAAGUGAACUUACUCAUCCACUGAC